AUGAAAGGCACCCUUCGAAGCGCGCUCGACACUGAUUUGCUGGACGAGCACAAGACUCUUCAAGUGGCGCUGGACAUUGCACACGGCCUCGCCUACGUGCACGCUCAAUCGCUCGUCCACUGCAACCUCAAGCCCGGCAACAUCUUUGUCGACCACUCGGGCCGCUCCAAACUCGCCGACUUUGGCUUGUGCUGUGAAACAAAAGACGUGCGCAAGAGCAUUGGCACACCGCAGUACAUGGCGCCAGAGCUCACGGUGUUCGAGAGCACCGACGAGGCCUCAUUUCCUGUCGAUGUCUUCGCCUUUGGCGUUCUUCUCACAGAGCUCAAUACGGGCAACGUGCCGUACAGUGAGGACGGCUACGUGAGCCAAUAUGCGCUUUGGAAUGCCGUCCAAGGUGGUCGUCGCCCCGCAUUGCGAGACGACUGCCCCGCGUGGUACCGGGACCUUGCGAUCGCGUGCAUGGCCGCUAAGCCAAAUGCUCGCCCUGCUGUGGCUGACAUCAUUCACACCUUGGAGCAUCAGUUGCUGUAG